AACAUAUCAAAAUCAAUUUUUUCUUCUAAAUUAAAUAUACUUUAAUUUUUUUAAAAAAUAUUAAACAAAAAGUAUAUCUCUCUCAGCUAGCUAGCUCUUCAUCAGUGUACUCUCUUUCUCUCUGACAUUUUCGCAGCCUCUCUCUCCUUCCUCACCCAUCUCACGGUUGUCUCCUCUCUCACUUGGAUUCCAUGGUUUCAGAGAAGGACCUCAACUCAAUGAGAAGGAGAAUGGCAUUGGUAACCAACCAUCUCAUCCCGGGUCAGUCGGAUCAUUCGAACUCGAACUCAAUUGAGUUGUCUAGUGCGUCGAUGAACGACCGAUAUCAUAAGAUACACGGCGAAGUAUCGACUCACCCUGUCGUGUGGAGAACCGCUUGUGACGAUUCUGGUAAGGACUUUGUCGACAUUAUCUACGAGAAAGCCGUCGACGAAGGAAUCGCAAAGAUUACGAUUAAUCGGCCAGAGAAAAGAAAUGCGUUCCGGCCACUUACAGUGAAAGAGCUUAUUCGUGCUUUCAAUGAUGCGAGGGACGAUAGUUCCAUUGGAGUCAUCAUUCUCACUGGAAAGGGAACUAAGGCUUUCUGUAGUGGCGGUGAUCAAGCUUUGAGAAAGGCAGAUGGUUAUUCGGAUUUUGAAAAUUUUGGUCGUCUUAAUGUUUUAGAUCUUCAGAUGCAGAUUCGUCGUCUUCCAAAACCUGUGAUAGCAAUGGUUGCUGGCUAUGCUGUUGGAGGAGGCCAUGUACUACACAUGGUCUGUGAUCUAACCAUUGCUGCAGAUAAUGCUGUUUUUGGUCAAACAGGUCCUAAGGUUGGAAGCUUUGAUGCUGGCUAUGGAAGCUCCAUUAUGUCUCGCUUGGUUGGGCCCAAAAAAGCACGUGAAAUGUGGUUCAUGGCAAGGUUUUACACAGCUUCUGAAGCAGAUAAAAUGGGACUUGUCAAUACUGUUGUGCCACUAGAGAAUUUAGAGCAAGAAACAAUUAAAUGGUGUAGAGAAAUACUGAGAAACAGCCCAACUGCACUUCGGGUCCUGAAAUCGGCUCUUAAUGCUGUUGAUGAUGGUCAUGCUGGCCUCCAGGCCCUUGCAGGAGAUGCCACACUUAUAUUUUAUGGUACUGAAGAAGGUAAUGAAGGGAAGACGGCGUAUGUGGAACGUAGACGCCCUGAUUUCUCUAAAUUUCCUCGACGACCUUAGUAGACUUUGCCAUUAUUUAUUAAUGUAAAGAUAUCAGUCUGUUUUCAAUUUCAAUUGGAUGUGUUAAGUGUCUUCUACAAUUAGUUGCCUUAGAGAGCACUUUUAAUAGAGAAACUAAAAUGUCUAAUUCUUUAUAAUAUAAAAAAAAGAAUUGUUAAAUAGUCU